GAUGGAAGAACUCUCUAUUCGGACUGUCCGUAGGCGGAGUUUGUUGAAGGUGCGCAGAAACAAGUUUCGCCGAACAUGGUCUUACCAAGAUUUCCCAACUGAUGCCGUUCGCAUCGACAAUUACUCUAAUGGAAUUGCUGAUACUGAUUUUUCGGGUGCGGAAAAAAUAGAGCCGAAGUUACCACAAACACCUGCCAAAAAGACAAGGCAUCACAAGAAAAAAACAACCUAUAUCUUACGGUGUAUCGAUCUCGGCAAGGAAGCUCUGGGAGAAGAUGGUUAUGAUGCUGCUGUGGAAAAUGAUACAUCAGAUGAUGAACUUGACUCUAAAUCUGAAUAUUAUAACAAUUUUGUUGGUGAUGCAGAGCUUCAGGGUUUAAAGGUUGCAUUGAUUCCCAAAUAUCGGCACCGGAAACCUCCAAGCCGACGAUGUAUUGAUCUCGUGAAGGAAGCACUAGGGGAUGAUGUUAGGGGAGAAAGUGAUACAUCUGAUAAUGUGCUUGAUGCUGACGUGGAAAAAGAUCACUAUUUGUAUUAUACAAAUUCGAUUGGUGAUGCUGAGGGCUUGAAGGCUGCAUUGCUUUCUAAACAUGAGCUUGGGAUUCCUGAUCACCGAGAGUGUAGCGAUGGAUUUAAGCGACGGUUCAGAGAG